CCUCCGCGCCCCGAGUCCGCGCCGAGCCGAAACAUGCUAAACCCGAGCGACCUGAGCCCCCAAAACCCCAAAACUACCCGGAGGAAAGUACCACAAGUAACGCCCGACCCCCGAGGAACCGCCGGAGCGAGCCAUGGGCGGAUAAACACGAACUUUUACAACUUUUAAACAGCGUCUGCGGGCUGUUUAAGUUAGCCGCGGUGCUAACUUGGAGCUAACGGCUAACCGCAGCCGCUCCGGAGCCGCUGGAGGAAGAAGCCCGGAAAAAGUGCGCGGAGAGCGGGUGGAGAGGACGGGACCAUGAGCGGGGAGGGCAUACGGCACGCCCCGAUCCUGUCCGCGCUCUUCAAGACCGGCGAGGACUCGGAGCUGAUGGGAGCAGCAGAGUUUAUCCGAGAGCGUUUGUACUUCGCCACGUUGAGGAGUAAACCCAAAAGCACAGCCAACACACACUACUUCUGCACCGACGACGAGUUCGUCUACGAGAAUUUCUACGCCGACUUCGGGCCCCUGAACCUGGCCAUGCUCUACAGAUACUGCUGCAAACUCAACAAGAAGCUCAAGUCGUACACUCUGACUCGGAAAAGAAUCGUUCACUACACGAGUUUCGACCAGAGGAAGAGAUCCAACGCCGCCGUGCUCAUCGGAGGAUACGCUGUGAUUUACUUGAAGAAAACUCCUGAGGAAGCGUACAGAGCUCUGGUGUCUGGGUCCAACGCCUCCUACCUCCCCUUCAGAGACGCGUCUUUCGGGAAUUGCACCUUCAACCUGACGGUGCUGGAAUGUCUGCAGGGCGUCAGGAAGGCGCUGCAGCAUGGAUUCUUCGACUUCGAGACGUUCGAGGUGGACGAGUACGAGCACUACGAGCGAGUGGAAAACGGAGACCUGAACUGGAUCGUCCCGGGGAAGUUCUUGGCCUUCAGCGGCCCUCACCCCAAAACCAAGGUCGAGAACGGUUACCCGCUGCACGCGCCCGAGGCAUAUUUCCCGUAUUUCCGUAAACACAACGUGACGACGGUGAUCCGACUGAACAGGAAGAUCUACGAGGCGCAGAGGUUCGUCAGCGCCGGAUUCGACCACUUCGACCUGUUCUUCGUGGACGGCAGCACCCCGAGCGACGCCAUCAUGAGGAGGUUCCUCUCCAUCUGCGAGGCCACGGACGGAGCCGUCGCCGUGCACUGUAAAGCGGGCCUGGGCAGGACGGGCACUCUGAUUGGCUGUUACCUGAUGAAGCAUUACCGGUUCACGGCGGGAGAGGCCAUCGCCUGGAUCCGGAUCUGCAGACCAGGAUCCAUCAUCGGACCUCAGCAGAACUACCUGGAGGAGAAGCAGGCGUCUCUGUGGCUCAUGGGGGACACUCUGCGCUCUCAGAAGUCCAAGACGGAGGACAGGGGCGUGUCUCACCUCAUCUCCAGUCUGGACGACUUAAACCUGAACCCGACGAACGCCCAACACAACGCCAACCUGAACAAGAGCCUGGGCCCGGACAGGAUCCUGGAGAGUGACGUGGAGAGUGCACUGACACAGGGCGACAAACUGAGGGCGCUCAAGGGCAGACGGCCUCCUCGCCCGGCCACCGCAGGAGCGCUCAGCGUCGGUGGGCGGGGCUCUGUUCAGCAGCCUGUUGUGUGUUUCAGGGUGGAGGAGAUGAAGGUGCACAGCCGGAGCUCGUCUCAGCCGCUCAGGUUGUCUUCGGGGAUGGGUCAGGGCCCGGCGUCUCCGCUCAAAGCCACAAAGUUCCCGUCGUCGUCUGCGUCCGCGGCGGCCAAGCGCAUCGGCAGGAGCUCGUCCGGAGCCGCGUCACACCUGCGCAGCUCCGCCCUCAGCUCGCGAUUGGCCAGUUCCCUGAGCGACCUGUACGCAUCGCUCCCCGCCUCCGCCUCCUCCUCCCUUAGCUCCGCCCCCGCGCCCCGUCUCUAUGGAAACCGUCCCGAGGUCAACAACAACAACAGCAGCGGCGUUGGCGGGCCGGGAAGCGGAGGGGGCGGGGCUCUGUACAUGGGUCCCGCCUCGUCAGCCGCUGUUGCCACGACGACGGCGGCGGCGGCAGCGGGGAAGAGCCGGGAGUGGGCGGGGCCUUACCGAGCGCCUGGCGGGUACAGCGGGCUCAAGAGCGGGCGCUACCUGAGCCGAUCCAUCCCCUCUCUUCAGUCUGAGUUCAUCCAGUACUAAAGACGUGAAAACCUGAACUCCAUCUCCCACAAUCCUUUGCUGCUGCUUGGCCCCGCCCCUUUGGCCCGCACGGACUCACCGAGCGAACAGACGGUUCACCGCAGAGAGAUUUAUAUUUACAUAAACGAAGAAAAAACUCCAAGAAAAGAUUUUGUACUUUGUCACAGAGAAUCUUUUGUGUAUUUUUUUUGUUUUUAAGAGUUUUAUUUUUGAACACGUGAAGGAUCGGACGCAGUAUUUUCGGGAAUUUCGCCGGACGGAUUAUUUUUUUGGGGGGAUUUUAAAGGGACGGAUAUUUGUCUAAACUCAGGGGACGCGAACGAACGAGCGAACGAACGAAGCUCCUUUUGUCUUAACGAUGUUUUAAAUGUAUAUAAAAAAAAAAAGCUUAUUAUUAUUAUAUAUUUUUAGUUUUUAACACGGACUGAUGUUUUUAAGCUCGUCUGGAUCACUGUUUGAACGUUUCUCGCGCUUCGGAACGAUCGUGUUUUUCCAUCACUAAACAUUCCGGACUUUUUAAUAAUAAUAAUAAUAAUAAUAAUAAUAAAAGUGAAAUGCAUUUGUUCUGCUUAAAACUGAACGAGAAACAGAAGCAGGUACUUGAAUGUAAUGGCUGAAACGCUUUUAUUUUAUUUUAUUUUAUUUGUUUAACCCAAAAUCUGCUGUAAAAGUAAAAAAUGUGUUCGGAAUUUUCAGAUUUUUAAAGGUGCAUUUUAUUGUUCACUUCUUGUUUCUUUGCCCGUAAUGUUCCACGGUAGGGCUUUAAAAUCCCUGUGUCGUUCGUUCAUUUGUUUUUCGAAAUUUUUUAAAAGAAAGAAAAUGGAAACAUUUUCUUCAUUAUUUGUCUCCAAAACCAAAAUGAAAAAAACAGAUAAUGAUUCGAUUUUUCAGUUUUCGAUUUUGUGUUUGAAUGAAAAAUGGAAAAAAAUCGGAUAAUGGACUGAACCAGGACUAAACCAGGACUGAACCAGGACUGAACCAGGACUGAACCAGGACUGAACCAGGACUGAACCAGGACUGAACCAGGACUGAACCGUUUUCAGUCCCGGUCUGGUCCCAGUCUGGUCCACGUCUUCAUUCCUGGUCUGGUCUUGGUCUGAAUCCUGGUCUCAGUCUCUGGUCUUAGUCCCGGUCCUGUUUCCAGUCUCAGGCCCGGUCUGGUCCCUAUCUCAGGCCUGGUCUCUGGUCCCGGUCUGGUCCCGGUCUGGUCCCGGUCUCAGUCAUCAUCUGGUCCUGGUCCUGUUCCUGGUCUCAGUCCUGGUCUGGUCUUGGUUUGAGUCCUGGUCUCAGGCCCUGGUCUUAGUCCUGGUCCUGUUUUCAGUCUCAGUCCCAGUCUGGUCCUGGUCUGGUCCAUGUCUCAGGCCCGGUCGUGUUCCUGGUCCUGUUCCUGGUCCUGUUCCCGGUCUCAGUCCUGGUCUACUUCUGGUUUGGUCCAAGACCUUGUUUAGACCUGGUUUAGUUCUGUUUUAGUCCUUGUUCAGUCCGUUAUCAAUUUUUUUUCCAUUUUUCCUUUAAAAACAAAAUCAAAAACUGAAAAAAUUAAUCAUUAGUUUUUUUCAUUUUGGAUUUGGAGACAAAUAAUGAAGAAAACUGUUGUUUUUUCGUUUUCUUAUUUUUGGUUUUAUUUUAAAAAACAAAUGAACAAAUGACACAGUUUGAUAAAAUAUUUCUCACUUCCUUUUCUUCAUUUACAGCUCAAAAAAACACCUUAAAACCUUCUAUUCUCACCAUGUGUGCGCUCGCCUCUCCACAGAUCUGACUGUUACCCUGUCUCCAUUGUGAUCCUCAGUGUUAUUUCCACACAGAUAAAAAUGAAGUGUUAAAAUUGACUCUCACAUUUCCUCAGAGUUUAUCUGAGUCACUCUGUUCUCGAGUUAAUUUAACUUUUGUGUAAAAGUUCAUGAAGUAAAACUGGACCAAAGUUCCUGUUUAACUCCAAAUCCAGAGUUAAAUUCACCUUCUGAGAGUGAACAGAAAACACUGUGUAGAGUUAUUCUGAUUUAACUCAACACACAGAGGGGUUUUAUUUUUACACUUUCUUUGAGUUAAUUUAAGAUGAAAUUAUGAACAAAACUGGUUCAGUCUGGUUCUACUCUGGAGGGAGUUUGAAGUCAAAUUGAAGUUGAAUUAAGUUCAACCAAAUCAACUCUGGAAAAUUACUCCAACACGUUUAACUUUCAAAUAAUUAAAAUAUCACUUUUUGUGUUAAAAACAACUCUGAAAUAUUUCACCCUGACAUUUUAACUCCAGUUUUUUUCUGUUCAUGUGGAAUAAUCGAGACAAAACUGAAACAUCUCCACGGACGCAGUGAGUUUCAGAUUCUGUUUACAGGCGCCAUUUUGAGGACUUUUCACCAGGUAAAGAAGAUUCCAGGUCAAACAGAAACAUCUCCACGGAGAGGAGAAGGUUCCGUAGUGAGACUUUAAAUCCUGUGAUGUUUGUGACGCGUUAAAGCAGCUGGUUUUAAAUGUGUAAUGGAGCAGUUUUUCUACAACAUAAACUCUUUAAUAUUCACACACAAACUCUUUUAUUCAAAAAACUCAACUCGUUUAUUUGAGUUUGAACUCGUCUGCUGGAGAUAAAACACUGAGCUCUGAACAUUUAAAGCCUCAUGGUGGAACAUUCCAGGUUCACACGAUUCCUCCAACUUGAAGCGACUGUUUGAAGAUUUAUUUUCACAUGACACAACUUAAACUUUUCAUCAUCACAGUGAAACGACUUUACACGGUUUUAUUUAACGAUUUAUGUCAAACUUCUUGUGUAAUGAGCUUCUGUGUCCAACAACUGUCCAAACUCUGUCCAUUUUCUGUCCAAACUCUGUCCACUCUCCGUCUCUGAUCAUGUCUCCGUCUUUAGGUUUUUUGUUUUUUUUUUCCAUUAUGGUUAAAAACUCUGUUCAUUGUUUUAAGGACCGUCUUUGGAAAACACUUUUUUUUUUUUUUAUCUCAAAUUUGCUUUUUCAUUUCCCUGUUCAGCCUGAAAUACUGUAUCUGUGUUUUAGUCCUGGUUUAGUCCUGGUUUAGACCUGGUUUAGUCCUGGUUUAGACCUGGUUUAGUCCUGGUUUAGACCUGGUUUAGCCCUUGUUGCUGUUUUGUCUUAGUUUUUUUUUUUUCAUUUAGUUUUUUAUUUUAUGACAUAAUUGAGUUUGAACCAAGUCUAAACUAAACAGCAAUAUACAGAGGACACAGUCAAGUCUAAACCUGGACUAAACCUGGACUAAACCUGGA